GCCAGGGCCGCAGCUCAGCUGCUCCGGGUCACGGAUUUAACGCAUGAAGCUCUCGUAGACGAUAUCCCCACGACUAAGAGGGACAUGUACUACAAAGAUGUGCCUUUGUUCAAGUCGCAGACCGUUGUUAACCGCUUGGUCGACGAUAUGGCGGCUACGUUCGAGAUCGGCAGAGCUGAUAUGAACGUGCGUGCCGCAUCGAAAGGCCUUUUCGCGGGAGAGAACUUGGUGAUCCACCUGCAGGACGGGGCAGAAAUACGGGGCAAUGAUUCCGAGGGAAUGCUCAUUCCAGCUGCCGAAGAGAUCUCGCACUUUGAGGUAAAGGAUCACAUCACGUGGGUCCUAAUCGUGGAGAAAGAGGCUAUUUUCCAAACGCUUUGCCGGUAUAAAUUCGCGAGUCACGCGUCCCUGCCUGGUGAGGGAGUUAUCAUCACGGGCAAGGGAUAUCCCGACGUUGCGACCCGUCAGUUGGUGAAGACUUUAUCUGACAACUUGCCAACACACGUGCCAAUGCUUGCCUUAGUAGACGGCGAUGCCUACGGUCUUGAUAUACUGUCUGUCUACAAAUUUGGCAGCGCAAGUAUGCGCCAUGAGAACGAGAAGCUGGCCGCGUCGCGCUUGGAGUGGCUCGGCAUCUGGUCCAGCGAGUUGCUAGAGCUGGGUGUAGACCGGGACGCCCUGAUCCCUAUCACAACUCACGACGAGAAGAAGGCGCUAGCCAUACUGCGACGCCCUGAGGAGAUUCUGCCCAAGCGAUGGAGGCGUGAAAUGCUGCAUAUGUUGCAUCUGCGUCGCAAGGCAGAAAUCGAGGUCCUCAGCACGUCAGCGACCAAGACCACGAUGCCUGCCCUGGUCGCCUAUUUGUGUAGGAAGAUAUCAGAGGCUGUUCUAGUGCUAGCAGAUCUGUCGUGA